AUGCAGAAAUUGACGGAUGAAUUUCUCGCCAGCUGUCCGGGCACAUUUCCUAAUGCUGACAGGAAUCCACAGUACAGGGAUGUCGAUUACAUUGUAUCCUCCACAGAGGCAGACAAACCACAAUUUGCUGCGAAAGUGUGCAAAUUAGGCGAGGUCUACUACGAUUUUGAUAAGAACACCGGCAGGGGCGACUGCGACCAGAAUAAACAGACUACCGGUGUCCACCUUGCUCUUGCCAAUGUACAUUCUACUUUUGUGCAUUGA